CAUCGUCCUUGCAAGCUUGAGGCCCCAAACAACUCUCCGGUCGCAGCCUCGCCGCCGCCCAUCAUGCCGCCGCAUCAUAUCCCCGCCGCCGGCGGAUCCGCCGCGUGCGCCGCCGCCGUCCGCCUCCUCUGCACCUCCACGGUCCCUGCCGAGACCGCCUCCCUUCCCCACCUCCUCGCGCUCCCGCCCGUCACCCCGUCCCCUGCCGCCGACGAGCUCGCGCGCCUGCUCCUGGCGCACCACAACCCCUUCCAUCCGGCCGAAUCCUCGCUCCAGCUGCUCUCUGGCGGCGGCGUCUCCUUCUCGGGGGACCUCCUCGUCCAGCUCCUCCUCCGCCUCCGCGGCGCCUCCAAGCUCGCGCUCUCGCUCCUCCACUCCACGCGCCUCCACCCGUCCUUCGCCCCCACGCGGCCACCCGCCGACGCCUACGACGCCGUCGUCGACGCGCUCGGCCGCGCGCGCCAGUUCGACGCCGCGUGGCGGGUCGUCGUCGACGCCACAGCCGACGGCGCCGCCUCGCCACGCACGUUCGCGGUGCUGGCGCGGAGGCUCGUCGCCGCGGGCAUGACGCGGCAGGCCAUCCGGGCGUUCGACGACAUGGAGGCGUUCGUCGGGAGGGAGCCCGACGCCGUCGAGUUCGCCACGCUGCUCGACACGCUCUGCAAGUACAAGUACCCCAAGGUUGCUACAGAGAUAUUUAAUAAAAGGAAAUACAAGUACGAGCCAAAUGAAAAGAUGUACACUAUUUUAAUUUACGGAUGGUGCAAGGUAAAUCGGAGUGACAUGGCUCAGAAGUUCCUAAAAGACAUGAUUGACCAUGGAAUAGAACCAAACAUAGUCACAUACAACAUUCUCCUGAAUAGUACCUGCAGGCAUGCAAGUUUGCACCCUGAUAACCGAUUUGAUAGAACAGUUCAUGCAGCUGAGGAUCUGUUGAAGGAGAUGCGUGACAAGCAAAUUGAACCGGACGUGACCAGCUACUCAAUCAUCUUGCAUGUUUACAGUCGUGCACAUAAACCUGAGUUGUGUCUCUGUAUGUUCCGCUCGAUGAAAGAGAGAGGCAUUUGCCCCACAGUAGCAACCUACACUUCUGUGAUCAAGUGCCUUGCCUCCUGUGGGAGAUUGGAAGAUGCUGAGACCUUGCUUGAUGAGAUGGUUGCAGAGGGAGUAUGUCCAUCUCCAGCUACCUACAAUUGUUUCUUCAAGGAGUAUCGGGGGAGAAAGGAUGUGAGUCGUGCCCUACAAUUGUACAAUAAGAUGAAGGCAGCUGGUUCACCAACAGCACCUGAUAUUCACACAUACAACAUUCUGCUAGGAAUGUUCAUCAAACUGGACCGACAUGGAUCUGUUAUGGAAAUUUGGAGCGAUAUGUGUGAGAGUACAGUGGGUCCUGAUCUUGAUUCGUACACCUUGCUGAUCCAUGGUUUUUGUGACCGCCAGAAAUGGAGGGAGGCAUGCCAGUUCUUCAUGGAAAUGAUAGAGAAAGGUUUUCUCCCCCAGAAGAUCACCUUUGAAAUGCUGUAUCGUGGACUGAUACAGGCAGAUAUGCUGAGGACCUGGAGAAGGCUGAAGCGCAGGGUUGAUGAAGAAGCAGCAAAAUUUGGUGAUGAGUUCAAACUUUAUCACAUCAAGCCUUACAAGAGGUGAACAUGUGCAAAAGUUGUAUGCUGACCUUGUGACUCCAACAUGACUGGAACACAACCAUCAGAUUUACCUCAUCGAAAACCAUCAGAUUUACCUCAUCGAAACUGUCACUCAGUAUAUGAAAUUCCUGACCAAAGAUGAGCUAGCCACUGUAUGUGGGAGCAGGGAACUGGUGAGAAGGAUUUACAAAGUGGCACUUGUAACAAUUACUCUGCUUGAUGUGAACAACCGGUUGAGCAUGGACGUCGUAUUAGAACAGUUAACAAAAGACAGUUAUUCAUUGUUAUGUUUCGAAAAACUUGAAGGUAAACUACUCCUGUCUGCUUGUUUGAAUAUUUUGAGAAGUUUUGCAAGACCAGCUCUGAACCAUUUCAUCAGUACAUUUCAGAAAUAAGUUUGCUUGCUUGGGAGGCUUUGAUUUUACCGACCAGGUGAAGACUAUUCUGCAGUGCUGUUAGGAACGGCCUCCAAGCAAUCCCAUAAGUUGCUAUUCCAGUCAUGCAGCAUAAACCUUGGUGUUUCCCAAUUUGACAUGAAAUUAGCUUUGUAAAGGCAAUGCAGGAUCACACAUGUCCAAAGGUUAAUGCUGUGUUUUCAAUAGUUGAUACGUUGGCCAUUAAGUAUGAUGCCUAUUGUUGGAUAAUUGAGGAAACCACUAAAUUUGUUUAUCGGAGGAUCCAUUCUCUUCAGACAGGACACUUGCCCCUUUAUCCCCUCAAACAUGCAUGCAAUGGCUCUACCUCAAGUACAGCAAACAGAGCAACAAGACAUUUGUCGAUUCGCAUCACCCGUUAUUACCAGGCUCAUCAACCUUCAGGCAUGUUUUUUUGUGGCAGCUAGCAGGUUGGUUUGGCCGUAGUAGCUUUGGCAUCUGUUUUGGUCGUCUUGGUAUUCUUGAUCUGCAGUUUGGUAAGAAAAUGGCAGUGCUUGCAGCUUGCGAUGUGCACAGGCACACGGGUACCAACUGAAAGCACAUGGCGGAUCCUCAAGCAGAGCACGCGAGAAGAAAGUAUUGCAGUUGCGAUUUAGUUCAUCUCUAUCGAUGGUGCUCCUUCCGUUCUAAUUUAUUGUUUGUUUUGAGUUCCGGUGGUUCAGUUUUUUGUUUCCGGAUAUGCUACCUUUGUUUCACUGAAGUGUGGGUUCGGAAGUGCCCCUGACGGGAGAUUCUGAACCCAACAAGGUGUUGUACGAGGGGAGUUUUUUUUUUUUUGAAACAAAUUGUACGAGGGGAGUUCAGGUGCUGGAACACCUUGAAGUGCUUCCGUGCUCGGUGCUCCAUCAAUAAACACACCAAAAUGUGCAUGGAUAAUUUAACCAAAAAAUAUGUAUGGAUAGAGAAUGAAAUUAUCUA